AUGGAGCUGCCGGGCAGGGCAUUCUUCUCUGAAUCCCCGGUGCUGAGAGCCCGAGGCCGCCCACCAUCCUCCGAGAAGAGACAGGGGGCCGAAAGGAGGCCCAGAGGGAGCUUGGGCCGUUCGUCUCGCAGCAGAAAUAAGAACUGUCUGCGUCACGGGCUGUCAGAGGAAGGGGGGCAGGGAGGCUCCGUUCGGCCGACGGGGGGAGAGAAAGGCAAAGACCCCGCUCUCAGGCUCGACCGGGCGGCGGACACCGAGGGGACACGCCGGGGGCCAGCCGAGGGGAGGCCCCUGCGGCCGGGCAGGGGGCGACGGCAGGCCGAUAUAAGGGGCUGCCGCCGGCCGGGGUAUGGCCGGUCCCGGGGAGCUCCGGGGGGCGAGGACGUGGAGCUAGGACCGGAGCUGGGGUCGCUCCUCUGGAGCGACGCCCCCUUGCAGGGUUGUGGGGAAGGACGCGAAGGGGAGAACAGACCCCAGGGUUUCUCCGAAGCGCCGGCUCCGCCGCCGCAGCCGCUGCCACCUCACAGCCCGGCCCACUCCUUCCUCUUCCGCUUGCUGUCAGUCCCCGUCUCUAUGGUGACCGCAUCCGGCCGCUCGCUCCGCCGCCGCCCUCUCUAUGGUCGUCCCUCCCUCCCUCGGCGCCGCCUGCGGGCCGGGAUGGGUGACGUGCUCGUCCCGCCCGCCCUCGGCCCUCCUCCGCCCGGAGCCGGCGCGCGUUCCGCAGCCCCUAAUUCGAGUGGACCCAGCCUGAAUCUGAAGGGCUCUUCCCAUCAAACUUACUGGCUUUGGAUGGAAACUUAACAAGUUCUGCAGUGGGUAGGCAGAGCAGCGACGAUUCAGGAACAACGCUCGGCACCGUCUAAAGUUUGGACCAGCCUCUAAAGCUUCGGUUUCACGGAACGAGGACGCCUUUCCUUCACGGAGGGAUAAUUCUGUUCUUCGCAUCCUCUUGGAAGCGAUGAGCGUUUUCC